AUGGCACCUCAAAAUCGCCUUCAUGGCACUAUUGCGAACGACCAGCACCCAGCCCUUGGAAGGCGACCAAAAGGACGAAAAGAUUUGCAGAACCUCUGCCGCCGUAUUGACUGUCGCCGAAUACGACUUCUGGAUGACACAGUGACCGAGACUAUCCUGAAGUUUGAUUCCGGUCCGCAAGGGACCGAGCUGGGCACCCGCUCCGGCACGAUUCCGGGUUUCGAUGGCGGUAGUGGUAUACCGGCGAGGGAGCUAUUUGCAAUCAAGAACGCAGACGAGCUUGACGGCCACUCUGUUUACACACUGCUCCUCCACGGCGACGAGUUGCUAUACGUCUACAGCGACCGUACUACGGCCCCCCGUAUACGGAGGUACUGGAACAGGAGUUACAGGACUGGAGCUAUUCCAUCCGCAGCACCAAAUCCAACAUGUUGUAACUAUCCAGUCGCGGCCGUUAUCUCGCAAAACCCAUACCAAAUAAUCCAAGCCGGCCAAGAGAACAACUCCAACCCCCUACACGGAAUCCUCCCCAAAUACCACCCGAACGGCACGCUCGAAACCAUACUCGAAUUCCAUAUCCCGGACUUGAUGCGCGCUGGCGCCAGUGGCCUUGCUGAAUAG